AUGAGAUGUGUGACAUACAAAUGUAUAUUAAUAUUUAUAAUAAUAAAAUAUGUUGAAUCACAAGACAAUGAUCCUGAUCAGCCAGCUGAUGAUGAAGAUGAGGAUGAUAACUUUGAAGUUUUAGAUCUAGAACAAAUCAUUCAACAACGACUCGAUCGAUUUGAUGAUCCUCAAUACCUACCACAAUAUCAACAAUUACAAGAAUCUCAAUAUCCAACCCAACCUCAAAUUCAACCCCAACAAUAUGAUCUUGAUCAAUCUUAUGAUCAGCAUCAACCAGAAUUAUUAGGAUAUCAACCUCAACAAUAUCCAGGAUAUCAAACUGAAUCAUUUCAAUAUCAACCAGAAACAUCAGGAUACCAUCCUCAACAAUAUGCUCCGUACCAGUCAUAUGAACUUCAGACACAAACUCAACAACAGCAAUAUUAUCAGCCGCCACCUACUCAACCAACUCCUCAGGUACCUCAACUAACCCAGGAAUCUCAAUAUCAGUAUUAUGGAACUGAAACCCAAGAUCCUUAUGUAUAUCAACAGCCAUAUGGAACACAGACUCUUUGUGAUAUUGGUCAUCAACCAAUAACUGAAACUCAACCUCAGAUUCAGCCAGCUUAUCAGCAUUAUAUACCGGUAACUCAACCAUCAAUACCAUUGACUCAACCAAGUUAUCCAUAUUAUCAACAUUAUGUAUUAACACCAACUUUUCAACAAACUCAAGCAGGUUAUCAAUUAUAUGAACCGACGCAAACUCAAAGUAUUCAAGAAUCUCAACCACAACCUCAGCCUCAAUUUCAACAACUAUCACACUAUGUACCAGAAUUAGUUGAAACUCAACAGCCAACAGGACCAUUAGAACCUGAAGUUAUACAAGUUCAACAUAUUGAUGAUGAGGAAACAGAGAAAGAGAGACAACAGAGAACUCAGUCGUUAGAUAAAAUAAAAAGUAAGAUGGAUUAUGAUCAACAGACUCAAAAACCAAUAAAAAGAAAAAAAAGUCCAUCUCCAAGUCCAGUUCCAUCAGAUAAACCAAGCGAGUCUGGAGAUGAAGAAGAAGAACCAGUUAAACGAAAAGAGCCCAAACCACGAAGAAAAUAUAAUUUAAUCAAAUUUUAUAAAAGAAGUUAUUUGGGAAAUAUUUUAGAAAUGACAAAUGAAGACUACCUUAUUAUAGUUAGCGAUGGAAAUAAAAAAAUAUAUAAAUUCAAUGCAGAUCUCGAACAAAUAGAAUGUGAGAAUCAAAUAAUUUAUGAGCAUACAGAUGGAACACCCUAUUGUUUAUUAUUAAGCCAUAGUUUAAGAACUGAUAUUUGUAUAAUGACCAACAGUGAUGGAUUUACGUUAGUUAAGAAAACUAAAGGGGAAUGGAGAAGAACUGAUGCUCCGAUCCCAAAUCAUAUAAAACUAUACACACAAAAUAAGGAAGGCGAUUAUGUUUUAAUGACCAAUAAAGAUUACAAUAUUGAUUUUACAUCAAUGGGAUCCUUUAGAUACGAAUUUUUUCCGGGCGUUAAAUGUACUAAAAUUGUAGUUAAUGAUAUGAUUGCAUGGGAAAAAACCGAUAAUGAUGGUUAUCCUUUAGAGAUUUAUGUUACACCAAAAAUGCGUGUUAUAGUUAACUUUGAGGGAUAUAGUAAAGUGUUAGGAAUCAAAAAUGAUAAAUAUAUACUGUAUUUUAGGAGAAAAUUUUCAGGAAGAUCUAAAUAUUCCUAA